UGUUUGAGAACUUCCUCAGAUAAAAGAUUCAAGUAAAAAUUAAACAAGACGAAACAGAUCCUGAGAGAACAGGGGUGUUCGUAUUGAAAGAAAUCCUGAAGAGAGAAAAGGAGAUAGAUCUGCGUUUGGCACUCGGAUGGAUCUGAAGAUGAUAGGGAGGCGAGCCGGAACAAGUCGACUCAACAGGCGAAGGAACGAUUCCAAGCUGGGCCGCCUGGUGGCCUUCUUGCAAAUGGCAGAGUUCGAGAUCGUCUUCUUCUGUGUUGUCGUCGUCGCUUUCUUCACCUUCAAGCAACUCACGGCGAGGCCGGAGUACAAUCAAAUUCUGGUGAAGAAGCCCGGUGGGCCUGAUUUUUGGCCUCACUAGAGUAUUAAGAAUGAGAUUUACUGAGGAACGACUCCAUCCUCCUCCUGCUUGCUUUGAUGAAGUCUGCAGUUUGUACCAAUUAGAUAUUUUCUUAAUCCAAUUGGAUGCUGAAAAACAGUCCGUCCAACCUUUUGACCGGAAGAAAAUUCUGGACAGAUGUAACGUCUGUCUUGAACAGUUAGUAGUACGCUCAUGGCCUGAAGUUCCUGAACUCGGUUGAAUUGCCAGAAGAUAUAGUCAGGGAAUUUUAAGUAUUUCUUCUUGAAUUUGAAAUCACUAUGCAAGUAUUUCUUUUUAACUUUAGAAUCACAUACUGUUUUUAUUCAUGCAAUUCGGUGAAAGAAAAGUAUUCUAAUGUCAAGUAA